CCUCCCGCUUGCCCCCCACCCCCCCUAUUACCUACCAGCCCAACCAGCGCGCAGAGGCGCGAGACAACACCACGAGCUUCACUCUGUCUGUCGACGGCGGACGUGAACAGCUGUCGCACGCGCAUACCGGUGAGAGAGAGAGCGAGACAGAGAGGGGGGCAGCUGGGAAGGAGGGGAGCGGAGGGAAAAUAGAGCAAAAAAAGAGUCCGUCUGUCAGUAUUACUCCCCCGGUGUGGAUGUGGAGGAGCAGACGAGGACUCCACCACCUCUAAAGUCUCGUUCUCAGCCUCUGACAGGACGCAUUUUUCCGCUGCAAACUUCAUCUCCAGCUGUGGUGUGGACUGCCAACCCCUGCCUCAGUGAAAGGGCACCAUGACCCAGGAGGGGCAGGCUCUGCCCUCUCCCACCGCACCUGAGAACCCAGUGGAGCCCAGUACAACUGCUGCUGAGCCGCCAUCAGAGGCACACAAUGAGGCAGCCGAAGAUAAGCCAGAGAACAGGGCUAAGGACAAGACAGAGAAAGAGAAACAACAGGAGGAGCUCGGAGGAACAGCAGAGAUACACAAAGAAGAGGAAACGAUGGAUGUAAAAGAUGAGGAUGAAGAGCUAGAAAAGGAGAGGGCAGAUGUUUGUGAAGAGGAGCAUCAACACACAACUGAAGGAGCUGAAGAGGUGAGAGAGGAGGAAGCGGGGGCGGAAAAUGAAGACGUUAAACCAUCUGCAGAGGAGGCAGUUAACCCUCAACAAGCUGGACGACUGGCAAAUGGAAUAGGUGGGAAUGAUGAUGAAGAUGAGGUGGGAGAAGAGGAAGAAGGAGGAGAUGAGGUGGGGACAAAUUUAGACACUUUCAGCUCUAAUUUUGAGACAACUGUAGAGCAGGCCGACACAGAGGUUGAGGAAGACGAGGAGGAGGCCCUGAAAGAGGGUGAUGGUAGAGAAAACCAGGACAGUUUCAGCUCCACAUUCGAGCAGAUUGUUGAGCAGGUUGAUGCUCAAGAAGAGGAAGAGGAGGAAGAAGACAGAGAGUUGGAAGAGGAGAGGCAGAAAAGUAAGGUGGACAACAAAGAUGGCUUCAGCUCCACAUUUGAGCGUAUAGUAGAGUCUGCCCUGCUGCGGGGCGGGACCUGCUACAGCAGCCUGGACUCUCUGGACGUCCUGUCACUGACUGAUGAGACGGACAGCUGCGUCAGCUUUGAGGCGCCUCUAACGCCACUCAUCCAACAGAGGGCACUGUUCCAGGGGCCUGAACCGCUAGAGCUGGAGUUGGCCACGGUUCAGGAGCAAGACGGGGCUGAGGCUGGACCAGAUGCCCUGGAUGACGAUCUCACAGCUGGGAUGAGCUCUGCCCGCGGAGCUGGGGCGGUGGCUGGGACAGGAGGAAGUCCGCUGAGGACAACAAUACCAGGGAGCAGGUCAGAGUUUGUGCUGAGCCAACCUGGACGCUGGGCUCUCUCUAAUGGAUACCAUUCAGAGUCCCAAGAGGGCUGUGGAGCCAUGGUCACCUCUGUCAGCGAUGCCAACCUCACAGACGUGCUGUCUGACUCGGAGGAGUGUGACUUGGGCAGUCUGGAGCGUUUGGAGCGCGGGAGCACCGACACUCUGGCCAAUGGCUGCCGGGCCGACUGUGAGGCCGCCAAAAGGCUGGCCAAGCGGCUCUAUCACCUCGAGGGCUUCAAGCGCUGUGAUGUUGCCAGACACCUGGGCAAGAAUAAUGAGUUCAGCCAGUUGGUGGCAUCGGAGUACCUGAGCUUCUUCGAUUUCUCUGGCCUGUCUCUGGAUCGAGCCCUGAGGAACUUCUUAAAGGCCUUUCCACUGAUGGGAGAAACCCAGGAGAGAGAACGGGUCCUUGUCCACUUCUCUAGACGCUUCUGCCACUGCAACCCACAGACACUGACAUCUGAAGAUGGAGCCCACACGUUAACCUGCGCCCUAAUGCUGCUCAACACUGAUCUACAUGGACACAACAUUGGGAAGAAGAUGUCUUGUCAGCAGUUUAUCAGUAAUCUGGAUGGUCUCAACAAUGGCAAAGACUUCCCUAAAGACUUAUUAAAGGUUUUGUAUAACUCAAUCAAGAAUGAAAAGCUGGAGUGGGCCGUCGAGGAGGAGGAACUCAGGAAGAGUCUGUCAGAAUUAGUGGAGGAGCAAUGUGAGGGCGGGAGUAAACGUGUUGCCAGGGUAACGGACGGCACUAACCCUUUCAUCGCCAUACCCAUUCUUUUAAAUGCAGUCACCUACAAGCAUGGAGUGUUGUCACGCAAAAGUCACGCUGACAUGGAUGGCAAGCGCACCCCGAGGGGUCGCAGGGGAUGGAAGAAGUUCUACGCGGUUCUGAAGGGGAUGAUCUUAUAUCUCCAGAAGGAUGAGUACAAGCCGGACACGGACAUUUCAGAGGUGGACCUGAAGAACGCCGUGCGGAUCCAUCAUGCUUUAGCCACUCAUGCCACUGACUACAGCAAAAGAGCCAACGUGCUGAAGCUCAAAACCUCGGACUGGAGAGUCUUCCUGCUGCAUGCCCCGAGUGAGGAGGAGAUGAUGUCUUGGAUCUUCCGGAUAAACCUGGUGGCGGCGCUGUUUUCCGCUCCAGCUUUUCCUGCCGCCAUUGGCUCCAUGAAAAAAUUCUGCCGACCCAUCCUUCCAUCCUCGUCCACGAGACUCAGCCAGGAUGAGCAGCUGCUGAGUCACGAGAAUAAGCUGAAGCAGAUGAGUCUGGAGCUGGAAGAACAUAGAAAGAACCAGCCCUCGGCCGACCCAAAAAGCCGCGAAUGGGAGGAGUACCGGCUUAAAGAGCACUACCUCACAUAUGAGAAGACUCGGUAUGAGACUUACAUCAGCCUCCUGCAGACUAAAAUCCGUGCAGAGACGGACGACCUGGAGAAGAUUGAGGCUAGCGCAAUGGGUGGCCUGAUCAUGGACCGUGAGAGUCACCUUCGAAAGACACAGUCCUCCCCGUCUAUCAGUCAGGCCCAUGCUGGUCUGAAUGGGAGAGCCACUGGAUGCGCUAUCCCAGGACAGAGGAGCUGAGGAAGACUGGGGGUGAAUCAGGACCACCUACUGCAGCACACAAAACAUCUUCCCAAACUGAACUAGCAUAAUCCUAAAACUCUUUACUGGAUUUGUAUUUAGUGUUUUGGGCCGCCCCUCUUCUUCCUGGACUCUUUCAAGCCUGAUGAAGUUUUUGUCCUUGAGCAAUAGAUGAAGAUGGUGAGGAGGAUGUCCUUGAUACCAAACAAGAGAUUUUACUAAACCUUAGCUCUUUUAACUUUUAUUAUUGCACAUUUAAAGCGAUCAGAGCUGUGAUCAUCGCUCAUAGCAGCAUCAUCAGUAUUACAUUAAAAUCUAAGAGAGAAGAAGUUUAGUUGAAAUGUGUUUUUAGCUACGAGCAGGACCUUGAGUAGUUUAAAAUGUAUCAGUGUCAAACCAGAAAGAAAACAGACCCGGACUGGUUUGGCUUUGUCCUCUCUGUCCUGUCCAUGCUCUGCAGUCAUGGAGUCAGGGAGCAAAUGAGAUGGUGUACAUGGUACUACUGUAGCAUUUUGGUCUUUUUUUGUUUGUUUUUUUGUUUUUAAAUGAUGCUUACACGCUGAGCCGCUCACACGUGUGUGUGUGCUGUAUGGACCUGCAGUACAGUUGCAUGGUGUGUGAAGACAAACAUAUCUGACCUGCAAAGAACUCAGAAGAAAAAAGUCCCUGUUUAUGAUAUUUAUUUAUUUAUUUAUCUCUCGAAACAGUUUUUUACCACCUCAGAGAGGCUUUUUUUAAUCUUCUUAAAAAUCAAACAUUUACAUACAUUGAAUACAGAAGAUGUCGGGAGGUUUAAAGUGUUCGCUGACCUGCUCCACGGAGGAGCUGUUUAGUGCCUUACUAAAGGGCACCUCAGCACAGAGAGAUCAAACGUUGCUCCUGCAGCUGCAGCCAACCCAGAUAGUCAAAUUAGUUAAAUUAUGGUUUGUCUCAAGGAAGAACAAAAGUGUUUGACUUAAAGAAAGCACUGUGCCAUUUGCGAGCUGACUGAACUGACACGUCACAGUAGAAUCAAAAGAAGGAGCAGAGUAAGAUGUGUGAGGCAGAGCGUAUGCGUGGAUCAGUGCAUGUGUGGACUGGCAUGCUUUUUAAAGUCGUUCCAGUUACGCUGUUGAAGCUGGAGGCAACUGGAAGAGGUAAAUAUAACAGGGUCUUGUUAUUGUUUGGAGAAUUGAUUGAGCAGGUUUGGUGAGGAGCCACCUGAUGGCCUUCUGUUGAAAAAACUGCCAGUUAUCAGACCCUGAUCUCUUAAAAUCAUCUUCAGCCCUAAGGCAGCAGCUAUCAGCUUCGUAGCAAAACAAUGCACCCUUAACUCUGACAGUAACUAACCCCUCUCUGCUCUAACUGAUCUCACCAUAAAUGGACCUGGUGUAACUUCAUUAGCCUGUUACAAUAUUAAACAUUUACUGCUUAUAUCGGUGGGUUACUUACAUUGUCAUUUUUCUGAUUACAUGAGGGUCUUUUUGCAAAACUGGGCCUUUUUUUUAAAAAAAAGGAGACUGGCUGAUUGCAGAGUAUAGCAGCAGGACUGCUCCAGCUCUGCACGCUAAAGUCAGAAAACCUGUCUGCAUGCUAGAAAGGAAAGGGGAAAGGCAGCAAAGUAGUCAUGAAAACAAUCUCUCUGUGCAAAGGGUGUAAAAGAGAGGCUUGUUUUCUAAGAAUGGACCAGUUUUGUUUUCAUAGUAAGAGCGACUCUGCAAGUCAAGAUCAGGCUAAAGGGACUUCUAGCACGUGUUUUUCCAAAGCUAGGAAAACAAUGUAAUGGGCCUGAUUUUCCUGGAAGGAAGACUUGAAUAAGCUUGUACAGAAGAAGAGAUGUUUGUGAGCACCUUAACUGACCCCAAAUCCACAAAACACACACACACUCUCUCUCUACACAAUUUUAUGACACAACUGUAGAUCAGUAAGUUCAGUGUCCCCUCACGUAGCCCCAGUGUGGCACAGAAGCUUGACAUUACCGGAGCUGACAGUAUGAACAGUUAUAUGUUUGGCUCUGGACACACCACUGCGCUGUAUGGUGACUGAUAGGAUCUGGGAUCCUUUGGGGAAUUGCCUGGAAACCUGGAGUCACAGCUGGAAUCCUGGAACAAGACUCAUGUACAGACCAAAAUGGCCAUGACCAAGAGGAGUCGAGUUUUUGGAGAGGAAGUAUCUUGCUGUAUUGUUAGGAUGAAUAACUGCUUUCUUACAGGGACACUUCCCAAUAUAGUCACUUUGGCUGUUGUGUUAACCAUUGAUUCCCAGUGUUCUAGGGUAGGCCUGUGCUGUAAUAUAGGAAAAAAUGUGGAUUGUUAUGUUUUAUUUAAAAAAAAAAGAGAGAGAGAGAGAAUGAGACAGCUUUGGCACUUUGAUGUCAACAUUGGAUCUGUGCAUUUUGUUUGUUUUGUUUGUAUAUCUGAACUUUUUGACAGGAUGCUCAUACAGUGUAAAGGACAUAUUUACUGAAUAUUUAGUCUGUGCUUCAUAAAAUAAGCUUUUAUACACGUGA